CUUUGGUAAAAGGUUGCAUAAAUUCAAGGUCAAAUCAAGGUCAUAGAAACCUAAGGUGAAUCACCAACUCUCAAUUAGACAACUAGUUGUUGUAUUUAUUACGUAUAGGUAUAGCUCGAAAACGAGUCAGUGAUAAGCUGAUAACCAUUCAGUUCCUUCGACACCUGAUAUCGCACUGACGUUUUUAUUUGUGCUAUUAAUACAAACGGUUAUUGCAGUGAUAAUAUCUUUAUCAUUUCGGGUUAAUCGUGUUAGUAAAUAGCGCGUGUUAAGGAAAAUUUCAAAUGUGAAUUUUAUUGAUAGUCUAUUACACGAAUACCGUAACUCGUGUUUCUAUAGUUCUAGGUAUGGCGAAAAUUCGAGAAUUGUCCCCUGAAUUGGCUGAAAUCGCCAAGAAAGAAUUGAAUGAAAACCCAAAACGUACCGCAAACGACAUUCAGCAUCUCAAAGAUUGGCUAGCUAAAGAACCACAUCUAAGAGCUAGAACAGAUGAUCAAUGGCUUGUAGCUUUACUACGAGGAUGCAAGUUUAGUUUGGAAAGAGUCAAAGAGAAGUUGGAUUUGUAUUAUACACUUCGGACAACUGCAGCCGAUGUGACACUGCGGCGUAAGCCAACGGAGCCGGAAUUUCUGGAAUUCCUAAGACUUGGAACAUGUCUUAUAUUGCCAAAGUCAAGCACACUUCACCCACGCGCUAUUUUAAUACGCGCCGGGAGAUUUGACAUGAACAAAUACGAUGUUACGGAUAUAAUGUGUAUCUUAUAUUAUAUGGUUCAGAUAUUGGUAAUGGAAGAUGAUGCUGCGUCAAUAGUGGGUACUAUAAUAGUAGUGGACUAUGAGGGGUGUACCAUGUCUCACCUAACUCUAGUAAAUCCUAGUGUUCUCCGGAAACUCGUAGCCGUCAGCCAAGAUUCCCUUCCUCUUCGUCUCAAAGGGAGCCACCAUCUUAAUGUGCCGACUGGCGUCGAAAUUGUUUUUAAACUCGUAUCAGGAUUCUUGAACAGCAAAGCGAAGGAAAGGCUAAAAAUACACAAAACAUAUGAAGAAUUACACGCGGUGUUACCAAAGGAAGUGAUUCCAGCUGAAUAUGGUGGAAGCGGAGGAACAGUAGCAGAUAUAACUAAAUACUGGGAAAAUAAAAUAAUUGAGUACAAGGAUUGGAUGAUAGAAGAAAUGAAGUUUGGAACUGAUGAGUCACUUCGGCUCGGAAAACCACAGGGAGUCGAUAUUUCCAAUACAGGAUCCUUCAGAGCCCUUGAAAUCGACUAAUUAAAUAAUAAUUCAAUAGUCAAAGGCAUUUAGCGUUUACCUCCACAAUAGAUCGUGUGUUCCAAGUUCCAAGAGGUAAAACUUGAAAAGAUAUAGAUAAAAAUUAUGAUACAUAUAUUGUA